UGUAGGUGGAUGUCUGAACUUCAGGUCCGGGUUGGCGAGGGUUUGAGUGCUGUAAAUGCAUUUCGAAGAUUACAAAAAUCAAAAUGAUCCCUAUGAGAGGUUCGCGUCCCGGCUACACUGGGCAAUCACAGCUUAACUUUCUGACAUUUGUUGUACACGCAGCUGUUUUGUUAACCCUGGUACCACUGCCAUCCUUUUGUAUUGAUACUUCACAUACAACCUUAAUCACCUCAAGUCCUGAUCCAAAUAAAGGUGGAGAUUUCAUCCAGUUUAACAAUGAUCCAGAACAUGUCGUUGAUAACUACAGUCUCUCAAUUCAGUAUUUCUGUUCAAACCCUUGCGUUGUUGGGGUAGAAGUCCUGGCUUCUUCACAAUUAAAAACUGCAAUGCAUAUCUUUAGGAAGAGAUGGAAACAUGUAAAACACAUUCGCACCAUCAGGACUCGGACUGUGCAAUUAAGAUUCCCAAGUGUAAUGGUCUACAGAGAGGACUUUUUUAUAAGACACUCCAUCGUUAUACAGAAUGUGAUGUUAAGGGCCUGGAUUGUCCACAGUCACAGCUACAAUCACAGCACUGGUUAUCGAGAUGCGUAUCAGCAAGCCGUGGACAAGACCUAUUCAAUUUUGAAGAGUCUACCACCUCAUCAACGACCAUUUAAAAAGCACAACAAAUGCCUUCAGUGGGGUGCCAAAUUGAUGUGGAGGUUAACUGAAAACAGACUCAACCGGUGUCCGCAUGAGACUGAUGUUGUGGAGAUUCUCAGCUUCCCGCAUGCAUGUACUGGAGAGAGAUAUGGCGUGAUAAAAACGUUCUACAGUUUUUACAACAGUGACUUUGAAAAGACCAGAAUUCAGCAAGUUGAUGACCCCAGGUUCACGCUUUCAAUUUGGAUGUACUUCUUGAAUUCAUGUAAACAUGCCUCGUGUGCGAUCGUGCAUCACAUUAAUCCAAACAGCACGUAUGGGACGCUUCUGGUGCUUUUAACUGAAACUGGGGAUAUAACUGUCCAGGCCCGGUGUGUUUCAGGACAGGACAUUGCUUUCAGAACCCAUGUUAAACUCUCAAUGAGGAGGUGGCAUCGCCUUGACUUCUCCGUGGACCGUACAAUGGUGACUUUUACUAUCAUAUCUCUGGAGAAUAUGAAAGAAACAGCACAGACUUUCAGAUACCAGUUUGUAAAUAAAUUACAUUAUGAUGACACUGCUGGAUACUUCGUUCUUGGAGGCAGCAAGUAUAUGCCCAGUAUAGAAGGCUUUUAUGGUCCUGUAAAAUAUUACCGUCUUGAAGCAAGGCAUGGCAAUGCGAUUGUUAAUCCCCUUUCCCCAAAGAGAACUGUGGAAGAGCUGGAUGCACUCUAUCAGAGCUGUGAAGAUGUAAAAAGCAUAACCACUGGCUUUCUGCAGAUACUUAAACAAAACAGACCAGUUCAAGAAAACAACACAUGUAAAUCAUAUUAUGUACAUUUAAAGAACACAUAUGGUGAACAGUCUGUGUGUGACGGACUUCCCUGGACACAUGAAAAACAAAGAAAAUAUCAAAGACUGUUUGAUCUUCUUCAGAUGAUGGGGCCAGACUUGCUAACAGGUUCACAGGGUUCUGAAGUGACCCUUGAAUUUGGAAAGAAGGUUUUUGAAAUGGUAUCUGAAAGAUUAUCAGACUGGGAGGGUGACCAUGUCCUCGGCUCCCUAGUCUCGUCUUUACAGAUUUCCAGCUGCUGUGGCUAUCACAGAGCCUCCUAUUACCUGGCUGUCAUGUAUGAAACUGGUUUGGGGGUUCCAGUCAAUUAUCUACAGGGACAUGUUUAUGGUUUGGUUGGUGCUCAAGGAGAUGAGAGUCUGGCUCUAAUGCAUCUUGGUUACAAACAUAUCGAAGGCAUUGAUGGUUAUCCUCUAGAUUAUGACCUGUCAUACAGUUACUAUAUCAAUAUUGGAAAGCAGACUUUGCAAGAUCGAUGGGAAGUAGGGGAAGCACAGGCUUAUGUUGAAUCAGUUCGGCUAACAGAUGAAACAGCCCUGAAAUUUCAUACAAACGAGAACGGUGACCUCUAUCAGUUUCUAAAUCUUCAAGCAAAAAGAGGAGACUUGAAUUCACAAAAAACAUUGGCCAGAAUGCUGUUUUGGGGCCAGCAUGGUGUGUCAAAGAAUGUGACUGCAGCUGCUCAGUGGUAUGCCAGGAGCGCUCUCAAAAUGGAAGAUCCGCAGGCCAUGUAUGAUCUGGCUAUUAUUUUAUUCAAGGGUCAAGGAGUAAAAAAGAACAAGACAUUUGCAUUACAACUUAUGAAAAAAGCAGCUGCAAUGGGAUCGGUUCAAGCCCUCAAUGGGCUGGGAUGGUACUAUCACACAUUCAAGGCAGACCUGGUCACAGCAACAAAAUACUUUGAACAAGCAGCACAAAAUGAAAGUAGUGCUGCGUUCUUUAAUUUGGGAAUAUUUUAUCUGAAUGGACAGUACCCUGGAAAGUCGGAGCAGAAUCAGACUGCAGCUUUUGAGCUCUUCUUGAAAGCAGCUGUAGAUGGACAUUUUGAUGCAGUCAUUGAGUGCUCUCAAUUCUAUGCUACAGGACAACUGAGCACUGUUCCCAGGGAUCCAGAAACAGCAGCCAAAAUGGCUAAAGAGAUAUCCGAACAAAAUGGUAAUUUAGGGUACGUUGUGAAAAAGGCUCUAGAUGCGUAUAUGGAAAGAUCAUGGAAUGAAGCCUUUUUGCAUUAUCUUGUGGCUGCAGAAACUGGGUUGGAGGUAGCACAGUCAAACAUUGCCUAUAUGUGUGAAGAGUGGCCAGAACUCGGACAGAGCUAUUUCACCACUGAUGACUGUGAAUGGAGAUACUACAAUCGCUUAGUAAAUCAGCACUUCCCUCCCAAUCGGGCUUAUCUGAAAAUGGGAGACUAUUUUUACUAUGGACUCAAAAACCGUUCACGCAAUAUUAAAUUAUCCAUUGCCAUGUAUGCGAAUGCUGCUUCAGCAAAUGAUUCACAGGCGUUUUUUAACUUGGCCUCAUUAGUUGAAGAGGGCCAUUCCAUCCCGAAAAGGAUAUUAAAACACCUAAAAAUUGACAGAGCAGUGUGGUCUGACAGUCUCACUGUUGCACUGAAGCUUUAUGAAAGAUGCAAAUAUGAUGAUCCAGAGGAGCUCAUAUCUCCAUGUUCUUUAGCUUGGUUUCGUGUCCAACUUCAAAUCAUUUGGAAAACAAUAUUGAAUGACCCAAUUCAAUCUUCUGUGGUAUACAUUGUUGGGACAGUUUUUAUUACAGCUUUAACUACUUUGUGUGUACACCAGAUCAACCAUGAAACAGCAAAUAUGCCAGUUAGACCACAGAUUGCUGUCUCUUCCAGCUAUGUUGCUGAUAAUCAGACAACCCAGGAAGCUGAAUCUCCGAAUCCUGGCAUUCAAGAAGCAGACGAAAGGAUCUGGUGGAUAAGCAUGAUUUGGAGUCAAGUCAUUCAGACUCCUCUACAAAGACACCCUAGUAUAGGUGACUGGUCCGUUACACUGCUUGGGAUUUGUGUCUGCAGCAUGUGUGUUGUGAUCAUGAUACACUCAUUGUGAAGAUGUAAAUGUAAAUGGUUGUAUGUGAUCUUGUUACACUUGCUUGAUCAUUUCACCCUGCAAUGGAUUCUGUCACUUAACCAACUAGCUGCCUGAUUUUUGACACUUUUAGAAGUUUGAAAAUGUUUGUUCUGUGUUCUUAAAUAACUGUUUAAACUAAGAGGCAUUUCAAAAACAGUCCUUAAAAAAAUCUCCCAUUACUUUGUUUUAUAAAUGGGUCCCCAAAUAGGAAACAAAACCUUUUCAAGUGUCCUUUCAUUACAUUACUUGGUUGUUUUGGUUCUAGGUUUGUAAAUUUUAUCAAUGGUUUUUAUUUUCAUCAGGUAAUUGCUUUUGUUGAGUGGUGUAAUUGGGAACUUAAUAAUAAUAAUAA